GCGUUCAGGGGACAGAUUUUUUGAAAGUUGUCAACAGAGAAGAAGAAGAAGAGGAAGAAGAAGAAGAGGAAGAGGAGGCAGAGGAGCAGAGAGCGGCUUGUAACCGACAGCAGAGCUCCGGAGGACCGGGAGGAGGAGGCAUGGGCUGCAGCCACAGCAAGAAGAAAAGCAAAGGCAAGAAGGGAGAGAAGAACCAGAACGACAAGAGCCACCGAGAUGAAGGAGGUAAACGUGCUUCAGGUGAGCCCGACGUCUGUCUGGAGAAGCAGCUGGAGCGCUUUGAGUGGCAGCUGAGGAUUUUAAAGGAGGCCAAUGGGAACCCGGAGAGGGCGGAGCUUCUGAAGGACCACGGAGACAAGGAGGUGUGCUCCCUCGUCCUGAGCCUCCUGGAGAAGGUGAAAACGGAGACGACGACUGAUUUAAACGUCCUGCACGAACAGAAAAGUAAAUCUGCUACUGAAGACCACGAGAGAAACGUGGAAGAGCUGAAAAAGAAACAGGAACAGGAGACAACUCAACUCACAGAAAGGUUUCAGGCUGCCGAGAACGUCCUCAAGGGUAAAGUGGAGCAGCUGACUUCAGAUCUGCAGGUUUAUAACAACCUGAAGAGGAGAGUGGAAGAGUCGACGUUUAAGAAAGACCUGCAGAGAAACAUUCAGGCCCAUGGCAGCCCAGGUGCAUUCUGGGAGUCCGAGCAGGAGUCUCUGCUGUUUGUGAUUGAGAUGAAGAGUGAGCGAGUUCAAGACCAGAGCAGGAAGCUGCAGCAGAUGGAAGCUCUGGUGGAGAAGAACUUGUCUCUGGAGGAUCAGAUGGUCCACGUCCUGCAGCAGAACGAGGAUCUGAGAGUCCGGAUAGACAACUGCCAGACUUUCAUUCAGCAGUUAUCAAAGGAGCAGCAGGAACUGAAGGUGGCGCUGGAGAGGCAGUCGUUCACAAACCAGAAUCUUUCUCAGGAAAAAGAGCAGCUGAUGUUCAAACUGAGACACAGAGACUCGUGUCCGACCAUCCUCCUGCCCACCAUUAUGCACGAGAUCUCCCCCCGAUGAUCACAUGUGUCGCUCUGUGUAGAUAGAAAAUCAGUCAAGGUAACACGCAGGCGGUCCUGGUUUACAGUAACCAGGUAAAAACUCAAACUGGGCUACAGCUGCUGGUCCCAUCGACCACCUGGCUGUUACUGUCAAUCGUCGGCAGGUCUGGGUUCAAGUUCCAGGGCUUCAAACUGGAUCCACAAGUCUGAAUACUUCCCAUUUUCACUGCAACUCCACUGGUAAAUGUUCUUAUGUAAGCAACCAGCUGAACAACGAGGGCUUUACAAUGAUUACGGUCCCCGGAGUAGCAUCUCAACAACUCUUAAGCUACAUGGACUCUGAGCUGCACCCUGUUUGGACCUCCAGACCGUCCCGGGUAACGGUGCAGCCAAAACAAUCUGUUGUGUUUGUUUUUAAUUCUUCUCAAAUAAGAAAUAUCCUUUGACUGACAGAUUAUUGGAUGCUAUGGAGGUUAAAACCUUUUUUUGUUUUGUCAAUUACAAAUCAAAGAUGGAGGGAUCGGUGUGGUGGACGCACCAGAAGGUUGCAUAGCGAAUCCUUUGACGUAGUGACUACUUGCACAGCUAGCUGGCAAGCUAACGGGUAACCAAUCAGAACUAGCCAGCCACAAUAGCCUACAAACUAGAAAAUAAGUUUUGCAUAGUUUAUUAGAGAGACGCAUUUGUGCUAUCAGACCAGCUGCAGGCCAUUUUUUGCGUCUCUUUUUUCCAGGGUUAUAUAAAAAGCGGUUGGUGCAACACAACUAUUGUGAUCGUUUUAGUGCUUCCUCGUGUGUUUCUUACGAUUUUCUGGCUCUCUGUUGCACUUAAACGGUGUAAAAAUUGGCAAGUCAGAGUUUGUUGAAACCUCCGUGAACAAAUCCAUCAAUCAUGCCGAUAAUUUAGCAGUUCUGCGAUCUAACUCUCCGCUAAAGUGCCUGACCGAUCGGUAUCAUGAUCGAUCACGUCAACAUAAAGCUGGAUCUUCUGGUUGCCAAGCUCAACAUACAUCAAAACUCUUGAGGGUUCAGAACUGGAUGACGGCUACCGUUCGACUCUCGUCUGGCUUCCUAAAUAAUGUCCCAGUAGAAAGGUCUUUCUCCACUGGCACGCCAAAGUGCCUUGCUCAAUUGGCACAGAAAACGGUAGUUAAGAGGGAAAAGAGAGCUAGCGUAGUAGUGAAGCACUUGAUUUUGUGUUUCCUUUUAAUCUGGGACAUCCGCUUCAGGUAUUUUAUUUUAUUUCCCCAAUAAUUAAAGGAUGUUACAGCAAAAGUACAAUCAGUUAUUUUAAGUGUCCCCCAACUGUUCCAAUCUUUAAGAUCCCCUCAAGGUAUUACAGGUUUCCACAACCACUGGAUGUUGUGAGGUAGACUAUGAGGAGUCAACAAGCAUCUUAGAGAUCCUCACAAUCAACAAUCCAAUUUUAACUGAUUAGUCGAGGAUCUUCUGGAUUGAAAAAUCUUGCUAAAAACAUUCAUAAUACAUUUAAUAUACAUGGACGUCCUGCCAGAAAGUUCAAGUAUUUAAACCUUUUGGAUUCACGAAACUAUCAACGAACUAAACAAAGUCAAACUUUUUUAUUUUACUGUGAUAUUUCUGGUUCUGUUCAAAUGUUACGUCUUUUUAUUGUAGUCAGUUUUCUUUUACUCAUUUCCUUUUUGUGUGCCUUGCUUUAGGUUUCUCGUUAUGUGUCAAAACUGAAUCAUAACUUGAUGUUAUUAGUUGCUGGAGUCAUUGACACAUUUUUAACGUAGAGUUAACUCUUCAUUCUACUGUUUGGGGAAGACGCCACUUCACUUUCAGUGUCACGUGUUUAUGUAAGGCAUUAAGGAGUGGAUACAAACAAACUGGAGCCCUUUUAUUUUUGGGAUUUUGAAUAUGUUUUAUGAACCUCAGAAUCAAUUCAACCCAAUUGAAUGUUUUUAGUUUAAUGCAGUGAAAAAAGACAAAUAGCAGAAUUCUUUUAGUCUUUUAGCAUGCUAGCAUCUUGGCUCAAGGGAUGCCAGUCAGUUGGUUCGGAGUAAAACCUCACAUAGCUUCUUUUUUUUUUACUGAUCCCCAGGUUUUUCAUUAUCGCUACACACAGGUUUCAUCACCCAAAACUAGUACUUCUCUAGAACAAAUCCCUGUGAUCUUUCCUGUACUUUGAGAUUAAUGCUAGCAUGGCAUGGCUAACGUUAAAAUCCUAACUCUCUAAAAUACUCUUUAAUCAUUCACAGUGGUGGCAUGUUAACAUGGUAAAACACUGAAUGUUACACACUAUUAUACCGCCAUGUGAAUGGUAAAAGUAAAGUCCAGUGUUUAGCGCCACUAGUUCUCAACACACAUUGGGACUAUUUGAAAUUUUAGUCAGUCAUAAAUGACAACUAACAAAAUUAAUCUUAGUGUUUUUAGCAGGUCUUAGAUGUUACGCCACAAUUUACGAAACUCUUGUAAGAUUUUUCCGAGUUUUAGCAAGUUUAAGCAAACCGGGAUAACCAUCAAGACACAACGUUUUUAGCAUGUACGAAGUGACUCGGCUUAUUUGAUGCUUCUGCCAUUUUGAUUGCUCAGCUAGCUCCGUUCCCUCAGAAGUCAGCACAGUUGAAAUGGUUAGCAAUGGAACAAUGCGUAGACGUCCGUGACUGAAACCACCAAUCUCAGUAAUAGCAUAUCAGUGAACUGAUUUAGGUCAGAAAUGUUGAUUUAAAUGCUGGCGUGUUGGGCUAAUUACAGCUAUGUUUACUGUCAGAGGUUUCCAUUAUGUCAAAAAAGAAAAGUUUUACAUCAAUCGCUCCUCAAUGAACAAUCACAGAACAAUAAUCACUGUAUACAUCUUGCCUUUAAAGCGUGAUAACUGUCAGAUAUAUUUUGUGUUUCUUUUAAAGAUGUGAAAGAUAUUGCCAUGUUGUCAGUUGAGUAUUUUUUCUCUUUAAGUGACAGAGGAUUUUAUGGGAUGUGACGUAUGUAUUGCCAAAAAAAAUGUUUGUCAGUAUUCUGACAACUCUUUCUCCUUAUGCACUAGCACUUUGACCAGUAUUUUAACAGGGGUUUGUAUAAGAGAGAUUUUUUUCCAUGUUGUUGUAUAGUUUUAAUUUUUUUGGCUUCUUUUGUGUAAAAACUUAUUUCAUCUUUGCUUGGUUGGAUUUAAAUCCAGAAGUUUGUUUUCUCCUCUUGUUUUUGGCUUGACUAAAUAAAAAGCUGCAACUAAAACUGAUCAGUUCAAUGUCUGUAUUUACAACAGUGCAUAUUAACCAAAAACAAUCACUUUUAUCUCUGCACGCAUAUCCCCCAUUGCAGUCUUUUAACCUCUUUUUUCUUUUUUUAAUCGCUUAAAUAAAUACCUUGACCACCAUUGAAUGACAUG